UGAACCGAUCAGAUUUCAGUACACUAGAUGUGUUUGAGUAAAUGCUGCAUGCAGUAUGUCAUUUUCUUCUGAUUUCAUUGAUAAAAGCCAUUAUAAGAUUCGACCAACACAUGUUUUCGAAACGGCACAAUUCAGGCGAACCUAACAACUUCUUAUUUGUUUUUAACUGUGUGACAACUUUGAUUACUUAAGAACGACACCACUUAGAAUGAUUCUGACUUUUCUGAUAGAAACUUCAGAGUCUUGGCUUUCAAACGAGACCAAAACCAUGCAUGAGCUCCAAAAUGUUCAUCAACAGCAUUGAAUUUACUUUGGGUAUUUUCUAAAAUAGAGGUCAACAGGAUCGAAACUUUAACAUUUUAGUUCCGCCUUUUACUCUUCGUUCCCAGCCGGACGAAUAAUAACGCUGCACCGUGUCUCGCAAACAUCCGCCGAAGCUUCCAGGAUUACAAAAGCGUGAUUAGUGACUUAUUUCCAACUGCGCCAGCGAACACGAGCGGGCGGAUGGCCCGGCUUGGAUGGCUUAUUUAGGUCCUCGGCUGGGUCGGUCUCGCAUAUUUCUCCCCGGUGUGUUCGUGUGCAGAGCCCUCGCAUCGGUCGGUAUGGACGGCAUGGGUCUGGCGAUGAGUCGGUCCACGCUGGAGCGGCUCCCCUUUGACAACGUCGCCCUCAAGAAGCUUCCCCUGGAUGAAUCCGAGGAGCCGGGGGUACGGCUGGUGAAGGGAGCGUGUUUCUCCCGGGUACAUCCGCAGCCGCUGUCCAAGCCUCGGUUCGUGGCCGUGUCGCACGAAGCCCUGGCGCUGCUGGGUCUGGACGGGGAGGAGGUGGUGAACGAUCCGCUGGGGCCGGAGUACCUGAGCGGAUCCAAGGUGAUGCCCGGAUCCGAGCCCGCCGCGCACUGCUACUGCGGACACCAGUUCGGCCAGUUCGCCGGGCAGCUGGGCGACGGGGCGGCGUGCUACCUGGGGGAGGUGAAGGCACCACCCGGCCAAGACCCCCAGCUGCUCCGGGAAAACCCGAGCGGCCGGUGGGAAAUCCAGGUUAAAGGAGCAGGACUGACUCCUUACUCCAGACAAGCCGAUGGCCGCAAGGUCCUCCGCUCUAGUAUAAGAGAGUUCCUGUGCAGCGAGGCGAUGUUCUUCCUGGGCGUGCCCACCACCAGGGCCGGCUCUGUGGUGACCUCUGACAGCAGGGUCGUGCGGGACGUGUACUACAGCGGGCACCCUCGCCAUGAGAGGUGCUCCGUGGUCCUCCGCAUCGCGCCCACCUUCCUCAGGUUCGGGUCCUUUGAGAUCUUUAAGCAGGCGGACGAGUUCACAGGGCGCCAGGGUCCCAGCUACGGACGCGAUGAGAUCCGAGGUCAGAUGUUGGAUUAUGUCAUGGAGAUGUUCUACCCCGAGAUCCAGCAGAAUUACCCCGACCGAGUAGAGAGGAACGUGGCUUUCUUCAGAGAGGUGGUGCUUCGUACGGCUCGGCUCGUGGCUCAGUGGCAGUGUGUGGGAUUCUGUCACGGAGUCCUGAACACGGACAACAUGAGCAUCCUGGGGCUCACGCUGGACUACGGGCCUUACGGCUUCAUGGACAGGUUCGAUCCAGAUUUCAUUUGCAACGCCUCCGACAACUCCGGCCGGUACUCCUACCAGGCGCAGCCGGCAAUUUGCCGGUGGAACCUGGUGAAGCUCGCCGAGGCUCUCGCUCCGGAGUUGCCGCCGGACCGGGCUGAGGCUGUCAUCGACGAGUACAUGGACCUGUAUAACGGAUUCUACUUGAAGAACAUGAGGAAGAAGCUGGGAUUGCUGCAGAAGGAGGAGCCUGAGGACGAGAUCCUGAUCACUGAGCUGCUGCAGACCAUGCACAACACAGGUGCGGACUUCACAAACACCUUCCGUAGCUUGAGUCAGAUUUCUUGCCCCAGUGAGGGAGAAAGUGAAGGAGAUGAGGAUCUUGUCAAGAAAGCUGUAGCCCUCCUGUUGGAGCAGUGCGCCUCCUUAGAGGAGCUCAAAGCUGCCAACAAACCUACGAUGGAGCCACGGGAGCUGGCGGUGCUGCUCUCCAUGGCUCAGAGCAACCCAGCGCUGUUCGAGAUGAUCUCAGACAGGACGACCAUCGCGAGGCAGUUGGAGAAACUCAGCAGGCUGAAAGACCUGAUGGAGACGAACCAGGAAGAGCUGAAAACCAAACAGGCGGAGGACUGGACCUCCUGGAUCACACGCUAUAGGAAACGUCUGGCGCGUGAGCUGGAGGGGCAGAGUGAUGUGCAGGCCGUGCAGGACGAGAGGGUGAAGGUGAUGGACAGCACCAACCCUCGCGUGGUUCUCAGGAACUACAUUGCCCAGAAUGCCAUAGAGGCCGCUGAGAAUGGAGACUUCUCUGAGGUCGAACAGGUUCUCAAAGUUCUGGAGAAGCCUUUCUCCUCGCAGCCGGGCCUGGAGCUCCCAGCGUGGGUCGGAGGAGGCGGCGCCGGCGCUCAGGGAGAGAGGGACGAAGGAGAGGAGCAACAGCAAGAGGGCGCCACGUCCACGGCCAGAACUCGCGUGCCUUACGACAGCAAGCCCCCCGCUUGGGCUCGUGAAAUCUGUGUCACAUGAUCUUCGUAAUAACUUCCUUGACUAACAGCUUCCCGGCCAAAAACAACAGGAGAGUUGAAUGGUGUUAAUUUGUUUUCUUUUACACUAUUCUUUCCUCCUCCCUCACUGUGCGACUCUCUGUUAUUUUGGCUGGAUGCGUCAGGGAAGUGAGCGCGAGGCUCGACACCCCGUAGGCUGGCUACAUGACACGAAACGGACAGGAAGAGCGUUGAGUUUGCACAAAUGCAUAAAACCUUCUGCUUUACUGAAGCAGUGGAUUUUAACACCAGUAGCUGAUGAGUUUGAUUGAUAAUUGUUGUUAUCUGCGUCACUUCCAAGUCAUGUUGGGUGAGAGGAAAAAAAAAAAAUUCCUAUAAUAUUGUGCAACUCUGCUCAACCUUUUCCGCUGUCUGUCUGGUGUUGGGUUUGCUAUUCAUGACGAGUCCGACAACAAGUCCUGCAGUGACCUGUCUGACUCUGAGAAGCCACGGGGUAUCGCCUCAACAUGUAUUAUACAUCAGACCGGCAACACAGGGCCAGAGGAGCCUUUUUUUUACUACGUAAACAACUACUUCUUCUUUUUUUUUAUAAAGCUAAUUACGCCAAAGAGUUGCUUUGUAGUAACACCCAACAAAAACUUCCCAGAUCUCAGAUGAGCUUUCGGUUUGGGCUGAAUUUGUUUCAACAGAAGGAAGAGGAGAGCUCACUAAGCAGAGGUCGUGUUGAUUUACUUAUUACUUCAUCCCAAUUUAAUCCAAAGAGCUGUGGCUAUAAUGUGUGUAGCGAGGAUACAUGAUGACCACGGCACAAGGCGCUCAUCUGCUUUACAGAAUCUCGAUAGCUAGUAAUUGUGCAAACAUUUCUAGCCUGCUGUAACCUGUAUUAUAUAAAAUAUUGGUCUUCAACAGGGGGUCCGUGACCCCUAGAGGGUCAACGGAGGUACUGCAAGGGGAUCGCAAACUCUUUGGUUGAUCAGUUUGGGCGUCCUUGGCCUGAAAAACAUUGAAGACCCCUGAUAUGAAGAAUAACUUGUAGUGGUUGGCCGGGUUAUUUGUGGGCUCAUAAAGCUCAGUUUAUUCCUCCUAUGCUGUUUAUUCCUAACCUAUGCCUUUUAGAGCCGUUUAUACUUGUGCGCGCUCUCCCAAACACUAGUUGGCGCUGUGUCUUUUUUUGUGUGUGUGUGUGUGUCAGUCAGGUUUAUUUAAUUUCUACUUCCUGCUUCAGUAGUGAAGAUUUUACCUUUCAGGCUACGAGGCUUCAGACAUGACUGUGACAGUAGUGAUUUUUUUUUAACCUGAAGUCUCAUUGUCGUAAAUAAGAUGUAGUAUCUUGAUCCAAAGAGACUGAGGGGCCAUGACUCAAGAUCGUUUUUUUCUUUUCUUUUUAAUGCAUCUUACUCAUUUCCUAUGCACUUGACUUCUAUGCAUAUUUUCUUAAAGUCAUUUAUAGACCAUUUUAAUCCUGGAGGCUUUAUUAUUAUUAUUAUUAUCAUUAUUAUUAUUGUUUUGCACUGAUGCUUAGUCUGCAAAUGUCAUUUGCGUGCUCCCAGUAUCAGAUGGGAUGUGUUGCAAGCCGCAGGUAAUAGAUGUGCCGGUCUGAUGUAUAGCAAACUAUAUUGUGUGUGUGUGAGUGUGUGCGUGUGGGGGUGGGGGGGUGAGAGUGAGAGUGUGAGUGAGAGCAAUGAUGAUUGAAUCUAAUAAUAGUUUUAUAUCUGUGGUUGAAUCAGUUCAUUUAAAAAAAAAAGCCGCAGUAUAGACACGCACAAUAGAGAAUAUAUAGAGAUCCUAACCUCUACCUUCACAGGCACAGAGCUACAACCAUAAGUUAUCUUUACUGUUAUUUCUAUAUGUGCAGGAAGCACUGAAACCCCGCUGGCUGAAGGCAAAAAGAGAACCAGGUGUUAUAUUUGACUAUUUAUGGCUGCGGCCGCACAGAAAGAGGAAGUACGAUGUAGAUUGUGCCACAAAUGUGAUGCCACAGACAGAGGGUGAAAGGGAGAAAAAAAAAAAGAUUCAUUUCCAUUCAUGAAUUAUUUUGACUCUGCAGCCUUCUCAUAAGGUCACCGGCGCAGAUAAUCACUUGCACCCUUGAAUGACAAAUGGAAUUGUAUUAAUAUUGUAUUUUGUUUUUAUUGAAUAUGAAAUAUGGUUGAGCUCUUCCUCAGUUCUAGCCUUAACCUGCCCCAAUAAACUGAGUCCACGCA